CAUCCUCGUAUUUGUGGUUUUGUAGCUGAGAGCUGUGUACGCAGUUGAUUCAGCAUGUGCGUCGGGUGCCAUUCGUAAAGUGGUGGUCUCUUAUUCCAGGCACACAUACAGAGAUGCGAGCGGGGAGCGCAACUUCUCCGACGAAGCUGUCUUCUUUAUAUUUUAUAGAUUAAUAUAUUUACGUAUCGAUUUCUUGUUUUGCUGAGGACGUUUCGCUACAAUAUGAUUUCAUUGUGAUUUUGCGUGCAUAAUGUACGGGGCGAAGUGAUGCGGCGAUGUAUUUCUUCGGGCAAAAUUGUCACGGGUCCGGAGAGCUGUUGUCAAAGAAGUUCUGUGGGGUAAUUUUAACCGUUAGGAAAAAAUUCAGCUGAGCUCGUAGUAAGCACUGUAAUUGUUUACCUUUGAUAAAUGUGGAUACUGAAUGUGACUGAGGGUUGAAAACCAGUUUGGACAUAGACAGACCUGUCACUACGCAAAAAUGACCAACUACAAGAAUUUGGAGACACAUACCACGCAUAUCUUGCUAUUGGCGGUAUCAAUCAUCUGUACCGCCUUGGGGUCCCGUGCACGUUUUGAGGACAGCCCACCUCGGAUCUUGGAAGACCCCUCUGACUUGAUCGUGUCCAAGGGGGAACCCGCAACCCUCAACUGCAAGGCAGAGGGGCGGCCUAACCCCACUGUGGAGUGGUACAAGGACGGGGAGCGGGUGGAAACGGACCGGGAUGACCCUCGAUCUCACCGAAUGCUCCUUCCCAGCGGCUCCCUCUUCUUCCUGCGUAUCGUCCACGGACGACGCUCUAAACCAGACGAGGGCGUCUACACCUGUGUGGCACGUAACUACCUUGGAGAGGCUGUCAGUCGAAAUGCUUCACUGGAAGUAGCCAUCCUGAGGGAUGACUUCCGCCAGGCCCCCAGUGAUGUGGUGGUGGCAGCCAGUGAGCCAGCGGUCCUGGAGUGUGUUCCCCCCCGCGGUCACCCUGAGCCCACCGUCUCCUGGAAGAGGAACAACGCCCGCGUCAGCAACAAGGAUGACCGCAUCUCUAUGCUUGGGGGCAAGCUGAUGAUCUCCCACUCCAGGAAGAGUGAUGCUGGCAUGUAUGUGUGUGUGGGCACCAACAUGGUGGGAGAGAGGGACAGUGACCCUGCUGAGUUGGUGGUGUAUGAGCGUCCUGUGCUGAUACGGAGGCCGGUGAACCAGGUGGUGAUGGAGGAAGAGACCGUUGACUUCCUGUGUGAGGUACAUGGAGACCCCGCCCCCACAAUACGCUGGCAUCGAGAGGAGGGGGAGCUCCCCCGCGGGAGGUUUGAGAUCCACAGUGACAACAGCCUACGUCUGACUAGGGUGAGAGGGGAGGACGGGGGAACUUACACCUGUAUGUCUGAGAACAGCGUGGGCAAGACAGAGGCUUCAGCCACGCUAGAGGUCCAUGUGCCCCCACAGAUCACCAUUAAACCCCAGGACCAGAUCUCCGCUCAGGGGUGCAGUGUCACCUUUCACUGUGGCACCAGAGGAAACCCCUCACCUGCCAUCUUCUGGAAGAAAGAAGGAAGCCAGAUGCUGUUGUUUCCUGGCCAGCCCCUCUCCCAGUCCGGCCGCUACUCUGUUUCCAUGAGUGGUGAGCUGUCCAUCACCGACGUGCACCUAGAGGAUUCUGGGUAUUAUAUCUGCCAGGCCAUCAGUGUAGCAGGAAGUGUCCUGACCAAAGCCCUGCUGGAGGUGGAAGGGGGUCCUUCAGACCGUGUUCCACCAAUCAUCCGUCAAGGCCCAGCCAAUCAGACGUUGGGUCUGGGGUCCGUUGCCCAGUUGCAGUGUCAUGCGAUUGGUGGACCCUCACUAAGGAUCAUGUGGGAAAAGGACGGGGAGAGGAUUGUGGGGGACGACCCCCGCAUGACCCUGAUGGAGAACGGGACACUGCAGAUCACUAAUGUUGAGAAUAAGGAUUCGGGAAUGUACACUUGUGUGGUGUCCAGCGCCACGGGCGAGUCGAGCUGGAGCGGGACACUCACCAUGAGAGAGGACGGAGCCCCUGGGUCAUCAGUUCCCCGGGUGUCAGAGUCCAUCCAGCUGCCAGGGCCGCCCCAGAAGCCUGUGGUGACGGAUGUGACCAGGAAUACAGUCACCCUCACCUGGCAGUCCAACCCCCACGAGGGUGGGGCCGCUGUCACCUCCUACAUCAUCGAGGCCUUCAGCCAAUCCGUUGGCAGUGUGUGGCAGACGGUAGCUGACCACGUGAAACAGGAGAAGCACACCGUCAUCGGCCUGUACCCAAACACUGUCUACCUGUUCAUCGUCCGAGCAGUCAACUCCUACGGUCUGAGUGACCCCAGCCCAAUCUCUGAACCCAUCAGGACACAGGAUGGGAGUCCUACAGAGCAGGGGGUAGACCGCAGACAGGUGCAGAGAGAACUAGGGGAGGUGUCUCUCUACCUGCAGAAGCCUGUGGUCCUAUCACCCAGCAGUGCCCAGGUCUCCUGGACUGUGGCACGUCAGUCUCAGUACGUGCAGGGAUACAGGCUGCUGUACCGCUCCACUGGCAGUGCCUGGUUAGUCCAGGAUGUGAAAGUGGGGCCUGAGCUCACCACUGUCCUAUCAGACCUGCACACGGACACAGAGUACGAGGUGAAGGUCCGCCCCUACUUCAACGAGCUGCAGGGACUGGACAGCCCCCUGGUGCAGCUACGCACCCCUGAGGAGGUGUUAAGUGCUCCCCCGCAGGCUGUGUCGGUGGUCCAGCUCAGCAACAGCUCUAGCAUCAGUGUCUCCUGGGAACCUCCCCCCGCUGAUGUUCAGAGUGGUACAGUCCUGGAGUACAAGGUCUGGUGCCUGGGGAGUGACACUGAGUUGAAGACAGAGAGCCAUAUCAACAGGACAGUUGAUGGAGCGGGGUUCUCCAUCCUACUGACUGGGCUGCUGCCAGACCUCCAGUACAGUGUGAUGGUGGCUGCAGUCACCAACUUGGGAGUGGGUGAACACAGCCCACCUAUAGACCUGGUCCUCACCCUGUCACUGGACAUGCCUUCAGACCCUCUGCAGAAAGACAGCAGCCUCAGUCUAUCAGAGCAGAUCACGGGAGUGGUCAGCCAACCAGCGUUCAUCGCUGGGUUGGGUGUGGCCUCGUGGCUGGUGCUCAUGGGCUUCAGUGGUUGGCUAUACUGUCGCCACCGCAGAAGGAAAGAGCUGGGACACUACACCACCUCAUUUGCCUACACACCUGCAGUUGGAUUUGCUCACAGUGAAGGAUCUGGUCUCAGCAACGGAAGUAGACCAGGGAUGCUGGGCUCCAACAUGGGGAACUACCCAUGGCUAGCAGACUCCUGGCCAGCCCCUGGUCUUGCCCACAAUGGAAAAGACUCAGUCAACUGUUGCUCUGGCAAACUGGACUCUACAGACAGAUACUACAAUGUUGGCAUCUCCAAUUACCUGAGCCAGUCUGAGAAGUACAGCUCAGUGUCCACAGACUGUCCCAUCUACAGCACCAUCAAUACAGCUGCUGCCGAGGACCUGCAGGGUUUAGCCUACUACAACAAAUACUCCAACACCCAGGGCUCCAACACCCCCUACACCCAGGGCUCCAACACCCCCUACACCCAGGGCUCCAACACCCCCUACACCAGGGCUCCAACACCCCCUACACCCAGGGCUCCAACACCCCCUACUCCCAGGGCCCUGACCCCUACGCCAUUACCCCCGUCCUCUCCAACUCUGGCCUCUUCGGUCUGGAGCAGGACCUGGACCAGUUGACCGUCCAGUCUAGAGAGUACGCCAAGCUGCAGUACGCCAGGACAAGCAAUGCCAAGCUGGUGAAGCAGAGGUCCACGUGUCCUCCAUCCAAGCCUGCACCACUCAACUGGGAGGACGUGCUGUCUCUACCACUGCCUGCUAAU